UUGGGCGACUUAUCAGUUUCUGAUCGCUGUGGGAAUUCAGUUAAUUGUGGACGCUGUAGCCAAACGGACGCAUGCGCGGCGCUCGAGAGACUUUCCGAGGUUUUCCUGAAUAAAAUCACUACGUGUUUCUGGUCGUGAAAGUAUCUUUUUCAGUUAGGCAGUGCACUCUGCAGUGGCCCCACCCUUCUCCCCUAUUUCUGAAGCCUCGACAAGGAGCCUUUUCAAGUCAAACAGAAACGCGAGCAACACAGCUGAAAACCUAUUUAAGGACCGUUCCAAAAACUAAGGAUACAUUUCAAAGACCCCUUUCGACCAAGUCAGUUAAAUACAGAGUUUUCAGAGUGUGUGUCUGUGUGCGUGUGCCAGUGUGUGUCUUUCAAGUGUGUGCCUUAAUCCAUUCAAUGUAAUUAAGCCCGUAUCAAAACAAAAAAGUAUAUUAAGUCCGCGAAACGAGCAAAUACAAAUACUUUUGAAAGAGCCAUAAACAAAUCGCAGUCUGCGAAAUCCGUUCAAAGCUCGCGCCAAUAUUGCUCCAAUUUGAGAAAACGGCUUAGCAACAAUUGCAUUGAACAGUCGAACACAAAAACUGAAGCCUAAAACAGCAACAACCACCCGUAAAUAUAGAAAGCUUAACAAUCAAAUCCAACAACAACGACAACGAGGGAUUAAAGCCACUAACAACUAUAAAUGUGGUGGGUGCAUUAUUGCCAUUAACCAAAUCCCCAGAGACAGUGGCCAGAAUGAUCGCAGAGCAGCUGGUGGUCAAAAGAGGCUCCAUGAUUCACUGAGGAGCCCCAGGAAAGCGAUCCCCAUUAAGCACCGAGAACAAAAGAAGCAUUAAGCGCUUGAUUAACUGGUGGACAGGUGGACUAACCGAAAGCGGAAUGGCACACUUUUGCUGGCUCCUUAAAUUCGGUUUCUUGCUGCUGAUGUUGUCCGGCGGCCGGACGCGCCCAGCCCCCUUUCCAGGUGGCAGGCAGAGUGAGCUCAUCGCGGGCAACGAGUUCCUCAAGCUGUUCCUCGAUCAUGAUGACCAGCAACGAAGUCUCCACAGCGGUGAACAGGAUUUUGGGGGCAGGGCAGAGUCACCAUCGUCGUCUCCGCAUCCCCACCACAGAGCAGCCACCGGAAGAAGCCUGGAUCUCGGCAGGAACCGCUAUAGGAACUCCCUGACAUCCGGAAACUCCCAGACCGAGGAGCCAUCCGACUCUAAGCAGGUGGUGAAGUUGGUGACCUCAGGCAGUAAAAUAGUGUUCCUCGAAGAUGUCCCUAAUAAAUUGAAAGGAAAGUCUAGCGACGAGGUCAAAGUGGUGGCCGUUAGUGUUAGUUCUUCCAGCAAGAGAGGUCCUUCGAGGAGCAGUGUUUCUGGCGUCACAGGAACGGGUUCGGACUUUGUCAACCGCUCUCAUAAAAGUGAGCUUUCGAUUGAGGAAACGGAGCCCAGAUUGGCUGCAGAGUCCAUGGACAGCGAGGUGGAUUCCCUAAACAGUGCCUCCAAUAUACAAAGUGUACUGGCUGCUCCUUUGCUGGCGGCUUCCUCUACGCAUUCCUUUUUAAAAAACCAAAGCGAAGUGACUGAAGAGGAAGCCGGCGUGGGAACCGCAGCUGGAGCAGGCUUACCCUUUCAAACGGUGAUUUACCAUGACACCAAACAGGGACGAGGACCUCAGUCCAGGUCAAUAUCCUACAGUUCCAUCUCCCAAAACGUGGAGGACUUGCAAACCUGGCAGCAGUCGAAAAGUGGCAUUUUGGCGGAGGCCCAGAGAAAUGUAAGUGAGAGCUUGAAACACGCGCACUCGUCAGAACCAGCCAAGUUCUACUCAGUACCAUCGAAAAUGUACAGUGUGCCCAGUAAGUUUUACUCAGAACCAGCUAGGGUGUAUUCAGAACCCGCUAAAAUGUAUGGACAGCCGGAGAAGGUGUACUCAGAACCCUCGAAAGUCUACGGACAGCCCUCCAAGUUUUACUCGGAGCCAGCGAAAGUGUACUCGCAACCCUCGAAGGUUUAUGGUGAACCGGCCAAGACGUACUGGCCACAAACAUUGACCACAACGGCCGCAACACCACUGGGUAGCACCACCUCGUCCUCCCCAUCUUCCACCAGCACCUCCGAGAAACCACCACUGGCAGCCACCACCUUUGUGCCACUGCGAUCCAGACCAAGACCCGCGAUUGUCUCGCGCAUCGCUUUUGGCGAGGCCCAGAGCACAAGCACCACGACAGCAGCAACACCCAGCAGCACGGCAGCAACAUCCAGCGGCACGGCGGCAACAGUGGCCAGCAGGGUCACCACAGUGAAGCCUCCUAGAAGCAGCACCUCAUCCAGCAUCAGGCCAACCACUUGGCAGCACCAUUAUCACAGCUACAGCCACCAGCCCCAGCCGGCCCAUCCAACUCGCAGAGUACUCUUCAAUUUGGAUAAAUUGCCUUAUGAUUUAUUGAAUGCACCGCAGCCGCAUCCAUUGGAGCCAAUUUUAUCGAAGCACUCAAGUCCGAGCCACUACCACCAGCAACAUCAGCCGCAGCAGAAGCAGCCACAUCUGCAGCAACACGAACCGCAACAGCAACAGCCAAGUCCAUGCUGGGAGCAACAACGUCAGCAUUCAUCACCGCCGCAUCAACAUUCUAAUCAAAAUGCCAAAGGAUUGCCCAAUAGAGAUCUAGUCAAGUGUGUUUCCAAAUUUGCACACCAACAUGGAGCAGCGGCGUCCGCGGUGGACCCAUCGCCGCCAUCAUCUUCGGGGUCAGGCGGUGGCUAUUCGUACAUCUCGAGCUCGUCAUCCUCGUCCUCCUCAUCCUCGGCCACCUCGUCCGCGAAGCAGCAGCCGCAUCUGCAGCACCAGCAGAUGCAGCACUUCACCACCGAGCGCCCCGAGCUCUACACUCCGACCUCCGAGCAGAAUUACGAAAUUGAGGAGUCCGUUAGUGUUAUGACAAACGGACGAGCCCAUGGACCGCAGGGCGGUGCAGGUGGUGGUGGUGUUGGUGGUGCAGGGAGUGCUGCUGCCAGCGGUGGGGCAGUGGGGCAAAUCACAACGCCAGCCAGUCCAGUGCCCCAAUCGAGCACCACCGCCAGCCCAAGUCGUGGCAUCAACAGAGGACGUGGCUCAGUGGUUUACAAUGCAAAUGCCAACGAUUACUCGGAUGGCGACGACGAUGGCGAUGCGGACGGGGACGCGGGAUCAGAGGGCCAGGGAGGCCCCGAUGCGGCCUCCGAUGACGAAGACAAAGUCGCCUACGUGGUCGAGGGACGCAACUACCGAAAGUACCGGGUCGAGGAGAAGACCGACGACGGCUUCAUCGUCGGCGAGUACGGAGUGGUGGACCACAACGAUGGAAACCUGUGGGGAGUGCGUUACACCGCCGACUCCACCAUCAAUCGCAGUCUGAUACAGAAGGCGUUGCUCACGUUUCUGAAGCUCAAGUAGGGGCCAAAUGGUCAGGCUCCACUCGGGAAAGCACUCGAAGUGGAGGGAGGAAAGUCGCCAGUAUACAGGGAAAUCUUUGGAAAGUACAGGGAUGCUUAGGAAAUCACUAAUAAAGAGAGACCGUUUUGGGACUUACAUUUUUUAUUAUGAAUGUAUAUUACUCAUUUAAAAAAUAUUAAUAAAAUGUUAAGUUAAGCGAGAACUAGCAAGCAAUUAUAUAUGCUAAGAAACCUAUCUGUCUGAUUAAGUUUUACAUUUUAUAAGUUGUAAACGUUAAUAUUAGUUGUAGAGCAAAAACGCAGUUAUAUGGCGACUUUCCGAGUUCAUGUCGAUGAUUUCCCGAGUGUCAAAACACAAGAACCCCGCACUUCCCCACUGAAGAGACAGCUGCAAAGGCAUUCACAUGUGAUCCAAGUCGUAUUGUAGUUAGCUUAGGCAACCUAAACCUAGAUAGAUAAACCUAGAUAGAUUUACCCUAGAACUUAGCCACUAGUUGAGUUCCCACGAGAUCAGUGUGUGUGUUUAGUCAGUAAACGAAUUUUGUUUAAUGUUUAGUUAAUGUUUUAAUUAAUUUAUUGUAGUUGUUGGUAUUGUAAUUGUAAUCUCAAAUCCGAGCCUAAUUUAUUCAGCCGACCAGCACACCCGAAAUUGCGCAGAACUAGCAACUUGCCAUACAAUCCGAGCACCUACCAGCAUUAACAACGAGCGAAAACUAUCCUAAUUAGAGCAUUAAGUGACUUGUGUAGUGAAAUAAACUAAAUUCCAUUGAGACUAAA